GUUAUUGUUCGGUUUCAGGAGUUAGGGGGAGGUCGGCGCUUUGUUUUUAUUUUGGGGGCUAUAAGCUGCCACUGGCGGGAUAAUUACAGUUAAAUAUUAGCCCCUCCAUGCCUGGUUCGAGAUUUAUUUUAAUAACAUAGCAUUUUAUUCGUUCAGGUGGUGGUAAGCUAACAAGUUAGGUUCCAAAGUAGCCGAUGGAUGCGCGGGUAUCGGAGUUAUUUGGCUCAGGAAAUGGACACGGCUCUGGGUCUCAAGGUGUUGCGUCCAAGUCGGGGAACGGCUUUGGGGUAGCCCCCAAAAAAGCGUCUGCAAAGAGCAAGAAGGCAAAAGCUCGAUUCUCUCGCAACUUCAAACCAAGCAAUAACACCCCGUAUCUACCUCCGGAGGCUGAAGAGGGAAACAUAGAGUACAAGCUGAAGCUGGUGAACCCCACACAAUACCGCUUUGAGCACCUGGCCACGCAAAUGAAAUGGCGACUGCAGGAGGGUCGAGGCGAAGCUGUCUAUCAAAUAGGUGUUGAAGAUAACGGCAUGCUGGUGGGACUAUCAGAGGAGGACAUGAGGGCGUCGCUAAAAACGCUCCAUAGGCUGGCAGAGAAAGUUGGAGCUGACAUCGCCGUUCUCAGAGAGAGGGAGGUGGAUUAUGACUCCGAUGUGCCUCGUAAGAUUGCUGAAGUUCUCAUUCGCAAGGUGCCAGAUGACCAGCAGUUCCUAGACCUACGAGUAGCUGUACUGGGCAAUGUGGAUUCAGGAAAGUCCACGCUGUUAGGGGUUUUGACACAGGGUGAGCUGGACAAUGGACGGGGAAGAGCGAGGCUCAACCUCUUCAGACAUUUACAUGAGAUCCAGACUGGACGCACUUCAAGCAUCAGCUUUGAGAUCCUUGGCUUUAACAGUAAAGGGGAGGUUGUGAAUUACAGUGAGUCUCGAACAGCAGAGGAGAUUUGUGAGAGCGCCUCUAAAAUGAUCACAUUCAUUGAUCUGGCGGGUCAUCACAAGUACCUGAAGACCACCAUCUUUGGCCUCACCAGCUACUGUCCAGAUUUUGCGAUGCUGGUCGUCAGCGCAAACACUGGCAUUGCUGGUACAACACGGGAGCAUCUUGGCCUCGCCAUGGCACUGAAGGUGCCCAUCUUUAUUGUUAUUAGUAAGGUGGACCUGUGUACACGGGCCACGGUGGAGCGCACAGUGAGGCAGCUGGAGCGUGUCUUGAAGCAGCCGGGCUGCAACAAGGUGCCUAUGGUUGUAAGCAGUACAGACGAUGCCGUCACAGCAGCACAGCAGUUCGCCCAGUCACCCAGCAUAACGCCAAUCUUCACCUUGUCCAGUGUGUCUGGAGAGAGUCUUGACCUGCUGAAGGUCUUCUUCAACAUCAUCCCUCCCCUCAGCAACAGCAAAGAGCAAGAGGAGCUAAUGCAGCAGCUAACUGAGUUUCAGGUGGACGAGAUCUACACAGUGCCAGAGGUGGGGACGGUAGUGGGAGGUACUCUGUACAGUGGUAUUUGCCGUGAGGGGGAUCCUCUUGUAGUAGGGCCCACCGACUCGGGCCAGUUCCACAAGUUGACCAUUGGCAGCAUCCAAAGGAAUCGCUCGGCGUGCAGGGUACUCAGGGCUGGCCAGGCUGCUACGCUUGCACUGGGCAACUUUGACCGGUCGCUACUACGCAAGGGUAUGGUGAUGGUGAGUCCAGAGAUGGAUCCGACCAUUUGCUGGAUGUUUGAGGCUGAAAUCGUGCUGCUGUUCCAUGCCAAGACCUUCCACAAGGGCUUCCAGGUUACUGUGCACAUUGGCAAUGUGAGACAGACUGCAACUGUGGAAGCUGUGUACGGCAAGGAGGAGCUGAGAACAGGGGAGAAAGCAGUGGUUCUCUUCAAGUUCAUCAAGCACCCAGAGUAUCUAAAGGUGGGAGCGAAGGUGCUCUUCAGACAGGGGGUGACCAAAGGCAUCGGCCAUGUCACCAAGCUGCAGCCCAUCGCCCAGUACCUGCCAUCCCAAAGGGAGGAUGAGGAAUCCUAAUGCUUUUUCGGACAAUCGCAGCAGAAAAACACCGUCCCACCCCCAAACAAGGUGCUUUAUAAACCACCUCCUGCUUUCUCCAAAGGCCACUCUGCCCUUUUCCUGGCACAGUAAAUCCCUAUUUACAGGGUUUUGUUGUUUUAUUACCCUUUUCCAAAGCCUUGAUACCAUCUUACCUGUUUGUCGUCUUCAGCCUUUUUAAUAACUGCUGAUGUUUUAGUGUGCUCUUUGGUGUUGAGAUUUAAAAGGGUGUUGCUUUUGAUGGCACUGAUAGGAGGAUACCUCUCCACCAGCUCUAUGGCAUAUUCACUCAGCAACAUCUACCAAAGUGAAAUAGAGGGAGAGAGAAGAUAUUGUUGCAUAGAUCAAUUGGUGGGAACUAGAAAACUGCAUUCUAACAUCUACAAUGAAGUGCUGCUUACAAAGUUUACAUCGAAACGCACUCCUAACACACAGUUCAACAAAGAUGCUAACACACACACUUUGCACUGAAAUAUAAAUGCCAGUGUUGUUACACCUGUGGCAGGUAACUGUUUGGAAACAGUUGCAAGUAUGAGAUGCUUUGAAAUGAAGGUCGUACUGUAUCACUGAUGUGAUACCCCCACAGCAGCUCGUCUGUGUUACCAGCAUAGUGCCUGACUGAAGAUUACAAACCUCUGAUCUCGCUAUUUGAAUUCUCUUAAAUCAUAUCGUCUUCUUAGUAACUGCUACUGAAAUGUGUGAGAUAAAAGCAAAAGCAAUGAGAUGCAGUAAUGAGUUUCAGACACAGCUUGUCAGUCGCUCGGAAGCCGAACCAUCUGGCUUCAAGCUAUGUUGCUGACAAAGGCACUUUAUGAAGGUGAAGGAGAGCAUUUUGAGUUAUGUAAAGUUUGAACUUGACCCAGUUUGUGUGUACGUCUGCCAAAAUAACUCACAUUGGCAAUCACCUUUUAUCUGUCACGUUUGUCGGUGAGAAUUAUUUUUUAUUCACAAAUAAUGCCUCACAAUAGCGCGGUGAGAUGGUAACGAUCUUGCUGCCUAUGUUUCAAGUGCUUUAGUUACUCAGGUCAGUGUAGAUAUUGUAUUAGACAGCAUUCCACUUUCACAGAACUACUCCAGGGGUGGGGUUUCUGUUGCAGACUUCGGGGGGAGGGGAGGGUGGUAGGGAGAUUUAAGGAAAAACAGACAAGGUUGUUUCUCCCAAAGAGAUUUGUUUUGAUUAUGCAUUGGUAUGUAAAGCUGUUGCAGCUUCGUUUAAAAGCAAUUACGUCUGAGGUACUUGAUGUCGUCUCUUCACUUAAGUUACUGAUGUCGCGAACUUCGAAGGGGUUUAAACACAGUGCCUAAUGGAACUACAGUCUGAGUAGGCUUCCAUUACAGCCCAAAGUUUUACAACUACUUAAGUUGGUGCUACUACUAGAAACAGCUUUUGAUAUUUAGUAGACAACUUUGAAAAUGAAUGUUAAUUACUUCUCUGUUCUGUUCUCGGCCUCACCAUUUGUCUUAUUAUUGCAUGUUGUCGUAAUUUAUACACACAUUAUUGUCCGACUGGCAUCAGCGAUAUACAGGACAACUCUGUUUUCUUGUUCCUACGUUGUUCGUGCACAGUUUGUGUGCAGUCAAAGACGGAUAAACUAAGACCGCAUUUCAACCAAAAUAUUUUAUAGCAUUUAUAAAGAGUUCAGGUGUUGAAGCUUGUUUUAAUGCAUCUCAGAAGUAUUUUAUAGAUUUGUAGUAGUUUCAGAUUUUACAGUUCAUUCAAACUCAUUUUUCACAGUUGCAGUGUAACACCGGCACAUCUUCACGUUUUUGAAAUCACGUUUAAGGCCUGUUUUAUCUUUAAUUGAAAGUAUACUAUUUUGAUCAUUGUUUUGGGUGAAAUGCAAUAUUUAUGUACAGAUCCAAUUUGUGUACCAUAAUGUACAUGAAUAAAACUUUUAUUGCCUCUUUAA